GAUGAAAAUAAUGAAUCCCUCACUCCAAUAAAUAAACCACUAACUUAUUAAUUUUAUAAAUAGUCCUGAAAAAAUAGUUUAACAUACAAAAUAGUUAUAGGAAAUACUGGAAACUUUAUGUUAGAAAAAGGAAGACAUCUAAUUAUAUUUUGAUGGUUCUACAUUUUGUUGUCAUUGUUAAGAAUAUUUAGCUAUAAAUAAUUUCAAAAUUUUACCAUGUGGUCAUAAUGUUCAUUAAGAUUGCUUUAAAAAAUAUUUAAUAGAAGAACCAUUUUAUUUAGAAUCUAUUAGUACAUUUUCAUGUUGCAAAGAAUCUGAAAUGUGCUCUAAAGUAAAAAUUACUGAUGAACUUUCGGAAUCUAUAUUGGGAAAAGAAGAAUUUGAUGAAUUAAAAAAAUUGUAUAAAUUAUUUUUUAAUUAGAUAUGGAUUGGAUUAAGAAAUUUAGGAUGAUGAUACUUUAUAAGAAAAUGAAUAAGACUAGAUGAGAUAGAUAAAAAACUUUUAAGAUUAAAUAAAUAAUGAUGCAUAAAUAGCUGAAUAAAUUUAAGAAGAGGAAUAUAAACAAUCAUAAGAGAGAGAAAAUGCAAUUUAAUUUGAUUGUGGAAUUUGUGCUGAUACAUAUAAAGUGAAUGCUGAAGCAAUAACAUUAGAAUGUGAUCAUAGGUUCUGUAAAAACUGUCUACAUGAAUAUAUUAUUAAUUUAACAAAAGAGGGAAAGUAUGGUGAAGAUGAUAUAAAAUGUUCUAGUUGUAAUACACCAAUUGAUUAUUAUAUAAUAAAUUAUUGUGCUCCUGAAUGUAGUUCUAAAAUUAAUGAUGAAAGGUAUUUAUUUGAUAUUAAUAAAAAUUAGAGUAAAGAAAUUGAAUUCUAAUACAGAAAAAGAAAAAUUAGUAAAUUGUCCUGGUGUUAAUUGUCCAUAAAAAUUUUAUGUUGAUAAAAAUAUGCCUUUUCCUGUAUGUCCAACAUGUAAAACAGCAUUUUGUAUAAAUGGUAAUGAUAAUAUAUUUAUUUUGAUUUUUAGGUUGUGGAGAAGCCCAUGAAGGUAAAUCAUGUGAAUAAGUUGAAUAAGAGAAAUUAAAAGCUAGAGUUAAGGAAGAAAAAGGUUUGGUGUCUUGUCCAAAAUGCAAGAUUUAAAUAUUAAAGGAUGGAGGAUGUAAUCAUAUAACUUGUUAAUGCAAACAUGAAUUUUGUUAUGUUUGUUAAAAAAGUUAUAAACCAAAAAGAGAAUGUACUUGUCCUUAAAUGACAACGAUGGAAAGAUUGUAUGAUAGAAUAAUAGGGUUCUUUAAUAAAAAAUGAAG